UGAAGGGGCAAAAUGCGCCUGAUGUCUGGAUUUUUGUUUGCCGCAUGUUUUGCUGCCGCUGCCGCCGUUCCUGUCCAUCCUGCUGCUUUGUCCCCGAGCUCAACCUUGCAUCCAGCUGCGUGUCUCGCCCUACACACGAUUGAAAAGUCUCUUUCGUCAUUCGUCAUCCACCACGCUCGCUCGCUCUUUUUCUGCGAUCCCUGUGCGACACCCGACAGGCAUCCUUGGUGAAUCAAGGGUUCCCCUCUGAUGAAAUGUGAAUGCCACCCUCUUCUUCUAUCGCUGCCACCCACCACCUUCACCUCUCUUCUCCGACCCUCCACAACUUAUUUUUUUUCCACCGUUGCCCUAAAAAUCCCCAAGCUCCUCCUCACUUCCGAAAAGACGGUCUGGUCUGGUGACUCACGAAGCCCAUCUUUCAGUUUCCAGUUUCCGCGGUUUCCUUUGAAUUCUCUCAAAUACUCGUCGAGCCGCUCGAUAAUCACCGACUUGUACUCCGUACGGUUCUAAACCUAUCUCCGGAACUUCAACGCACUCACCCUUACGUCUCGACCUAUCUCCGGAUUUCCUCCCUGACCUAUAUAUAGAGAAGCCGAAUACCAUCCAUGGAUUGUUGGAGAAACACGCAAAACACAAUUAGAAGCAACACCAUCUUCAAAGAAACGCCACCGCGCUACAAGCACAGAAGGUCCUAGACCCUGAUUCUCACAAAUCAGGCAACCCAUACAUAUACAGGUCUUCUCCCACGAGAAGUUCCGCUCACAGCAACUCUCUCCUCUCUCUCUCUCUCUCUCUCUCUCUCUCUCUCUCUACACACCACUCUUACACACACAUUCCAUCUUACACCGUCGCCACUAUGCACGACCUCAGACUCAAGGUUCUUCGCGAGAGCGGCAAGACCGUCUCCAAGAAGGCCAAAUCACGCCCCGAGUCCGCUCGCGCCUCCAUGAGAAACUCGCCCAACGUCUCUCCUGGCCACUCUCAGAUCAACUCUCCAGCGCAUUCGCGUGCUGGUAGCCGCUACGCCUCAGAAGACGAAGGCAGCGACUCCGACUACGACGAUGGCAUGACUAUGAGCACUCUGUCAAAUCAUUCAGACACCGCCUUGGACGAAGCAACAGAACCCAACUGGGCGCAAUUACUACAGGACCGCAUCGUCGAGCUGCAAGAUCGCAAGCGGACAAACACCCAGAGACGCGAGGCGACCCUGAUGUCCUACCUGCACCUUGUCAAACACCACUACGGCGGCCGUCAAGUCAGCAACUCCUUACAAGACAUCGUCACGGCGUUGAUGAAGAACACCAGAUCCGGAGGCAGCUCCCUCGAGCGCCUCAUGUCCUUGAAGUCUCUGUCAGCCACCCUCCUCACUACGCCAUCAGACUCCCUGUUCGACGACAUCUACCCGCAACUCGAGAAGACCCUCGAAGACGACGACGACAACGACGUCAAGGCGGCCGCGAUCUGGGCCAUGGCAGUCACAACAAUGUAUGGCGGUGGUGGCGAAGAGUCAGCAAGCGAGCUCCUCGAGUACCUGGUCACCAUCGUGGAAAGCGACGGCGAAUCAGUCGGCGCAGCAGACAGCGGCGACGUCGUCACCUCCGCCCUCGAGGCCUGGGCCUUCGUCGCCAGCCAAGUAGACGACAUCACCGAGAACGUCUAUUCCGCCAUCGAAGCCUUCGUGGAGCAACUCGACAGCACCGACGUCGAGGUCCAAGCGAGCGCGGGCUUCAACAUUGCCUUCAUCUUUGAGGCGGCGCGCGACCACGAGGAGGAGACAGGCGAGCCGAUGAACCUGCAGUACGACCCCAAGAAGCUCAUCGCCCUCAUGGCCGAGGCCUCCAAGCCCUCGGUCAAGCAGACGGCGCGCAGAGACAGACGACACCUGCGCAAGCAGUUCACCAGCAUCGUCUCGUCCUUGGAGCAUGGAAAGGGACCCGGCUACUCGAGCGCAAGUCGUCCGGCCUUUAACCCGCACACGGGCGGCACCAAGGCCGAUCCCGGCGCGGGCCGCAGGGGCGACGACGACGAUGGCGAGAACCGCGCGUUUGGCUACCGCGAGAAGCUCCGCCUUGGUUCUACAGUCGUCCUCAUUGACUCGUGGUCUCUCAUGGCGCGCGUCGAGGCGACAAAAACCAUUCUUGGAGGCGGACUGCCUACGCACUUCAACGACAACCCUACUGUUGCGGAGCUGUUGGAUAACGCUGAGACGGAGGAGGCAGCGGCACAGCUGUACGCAGCGCGUCCCAACAAGAGUGCGAAGCACAUGAGGAGGUAGAAGGAGAUCGUUUGCUUCUUAGCAACGACAGAGGAAGCGGGAUUGCUCAUAAGCAAUGACAGAGAAGUGCGGGAGGAAUGGAAACGAUAUGGCGUCUGCCUUGGGAGCAGCUUUCAUUGGUGGAGAGAAGACAAUUGCAUCGCAUGCUUCUUUCCUAUGUACAGGUUCGCGAUAGAGCAUCAUGGUCCAGAAAAAAAAAGGAUACGAAACGCAUGGUUUGAGGCAUAACCCAUACUUAUUGCGAAACGAGGCAGAAGAUACCACAGAGCGGAGGAUCCUCGUUGCUAAAUACACUUAGCCUACAUUAUUGGGAAUUGACAUUGGUUGAU